AUGCUGUUGCGGAACGCGAGCGUGAGCAGGAGUUCGAGUUUCUCGCAGAGCGGGUACUUCCCGCAUCCCGCUCAUGCGCCAUCGUUUGCGCGGCUGCCGAUACCCUGGUCGUCUACUGGCGCGCCGCGGGAUAGUCGGGAGGCGGAUAUGUUGCUUGGUUUAGCAUUAGCGCUGUCAAGCUACGGCGCUCCAUUAUACAGAGUGGAGCACCGCAUCGCAAAAGCGGCCGAAGAUCUAAGCCUACCCGUCUCAGUAUUCUGCCUCCCGUCAACAAUCAUGGUUGCGAUCGGCGACGGAUCAGCCCGACAUCCCUGCCGCGUACAGUACCUCUCCUACUCCUAUGGCGUGAACGUCGGCAAACUCCACCAAGUCGACCGUCUAGCGCGCCGCGUCUCCGCCCUCCGCAAAGCCCUCAAAACCGACGAGAAGCGCCGCGCGUCGGCAGCUACCACCACGCCGAGCGUCCAGCAGAGUCGGCGGAUCCUCGAAAGCCCUGAUAGCACCAAUUCCGUGCCGUCUUCCCCACCACCCGUCCCACAAGACACCACAACGACCCAACAACAACAAGAAAAACACAAUGACGGAACAAUCGACGACUGCCUCACCGACCUCCAAACCAUCACCUCCGACACCGACUACUCCUGGCCUGUCCGCCACUUCGCCGGCGCCAUGCAAUCGGGUGUCAUCGCCGUGUUGCUGUUCAGGGGGACAUGGGCCGACGGGCUCGCCGCUUUCUUCCUCGGGGGUGUCACCUCCCUCUGUCUGCGAUUAUCGAACUUUUUGGGAUUGGAGGGAGCUGUGGAGCUGCUGACGAGUAUCGCGAUAGCGUGUCUGGCGCGGUUCAUGGAGAUAUUCGCGUUCUGGGAUGGGUUGUCGGGGACGGGGCUGGGGUUGUGUCAUGAGGUGGUGUCGCUUGCGGGGGUCUGUGCGUUGUUGCCGGGGACUGCUAUCACACUAGGCAUGCUCGAACUCGGGAGCACUAACCCUGUCGCUGGGAGUGUGAGGAUGUUUCAGGCUUUUGUUCGGGCGCUCAAACUCGGGUACGGCCUAACCCUCGGCUCCCGCCUAGCCAUCCACCUCAUGCAACUCUUCACCGACUACGACGGCUCUAACCCGGACGCGUGCCCGGUCGCGGGCGCGCCGAUGGAUGUGUGGCGGUUGCCGCUGUGGAUUCCCAUGAACCUAUCAAUCAUGAUAAACCUCCGCGCCUUCCCCUGGCAAUGGUGGCACAUGUCCCUGACAUCGCUGACUGGGUUCUGCGUCAAUUUGUUGGCUAGCAUGUGGUUCAACAGCGAUAUAACAGCGGGAAUAGCAGCCUUCUCGAUUGGGUUACUGGGCAACCUGUACGCGAGGCAGACGGAUGACGUCGCUAUUGGCGCUAUCCUCGCCGGAAUAGCAUGGCUAGUCCCCGGCGGAAUCGGCGUCCGCGGCGCGAUCGCUGCCAUCGCGAAGGAUGCGACGAGUAGCGGGACUGCGUUUGGGAUUGAUAUGAUAACACGAGCAAUGUCCAUCGCUGUCGGGAUCUAG